GAAGGAGGAGCAACAGGGCAUGUCAACUCAUAUUUCCAAGAAUUUCUGACAUCACUUUGAUAUCAGAUCACUUACUCCUUUAGGAGAGCAAGUCGAAGACUGAAGAAAAAGAGCAGAAGGCACUGCAAGAGUGUAGACGGGAUUCUUGACAUUUUACAUCUAGACUUUAUCAGACAGAAUGUCUCUUCCUACCACAAGCGUCCCUGCAAACUUCAGCCAUGUGGCUAUACAGGAAUGCCAAAACAACACGAAUACCACUGCGUGUUCUUUUGACAACAAGGGAUGGACCUUCAUGAUAACAGUCUAUAUCCUGAUCGUCGCUGUGCUGGGAAUCGUGUUUAAUCUGUUUGUCGUGAUGGUAUUCUGUCUCCACAAGAAGGCCUGCACUGUGCCUGAGAUCUACUUGAGUAACUUGGCUGCUGCUGACCUCAUCCUGUCGUCCUUUCUGCCCUUCUGGGCUGUGUAUACAGCCAACAAAUUCAACUGGCCCUUCGGUAGUACCAUGUGCCAAAUAGUCGCUCUUUGCAUCGUAAUGAACGCCUACUGCAGCAUCUACUUCCUUGUUCUGGUCAGCAUAGAUCGUUACUUGGCACUGGUGCACCCGCUGUCCCAUGAAAGAAUGCGCAGGCCAAAGUAUGCCAAACUGGCUUGUCUGCUAGUGUGGGCUUUGGGCUUGCUCCUGGGUGUUCCUGUAUUCAUGUAUAGGAAAGUGGCAUACAAUUCUUGCGCGAAUAAAUAUAUAUGCUUUAUGCAAUACCCAAGUAUCAAGAUAGAGCUGCUGACUGAGGCUAUGCUGAUUACGUUCAGCUUCAUCAUCCCCAUUUUCAUUAUUUCCUUCUGCACUCUCAAAAUUAUUCGAGCUCUCAAUCACAGGUUAAAUGCCCAGAAUACAGAGCAUAAGGCCACCACUCUGGUCCUGGCGGUCCUCUUGUCAUUCCUGAUCUGCUGGGUGCCAUUCCACCUGGUGAAGAUAAUAGAAAUGCUUUUUACUGCCGAGGUCUUGGAAGGGUGCGACCUUCACAGACACAUAGAAGCCACCAAACUGAUCGUCAUAUACAUAGCCUUCUUCAACAGUGUUCUCAACCCCAUCCUCUACGUCAUUGUGGGAAAAAAAUUCAGAAAAAAAGUAAAGGAUGUCUUCAAGCAGUGGAGCGCUGAGAGAACAUCGACCCUCAGCCUCAGCUCUGUACGCUCAUACCUGUCGAGAAGUGAUAAAAGUGGGGAUGUCUCAGGCAGAUCUGCUAGACUGUGAUCCUUUAAAUAAGCAUGCAUGUUUAUUUUAGAUGCAUGACGUAACCUUUGGCGGGUUACCCAUUAGAUCUUGUUCAUUAUGGUAGGGUUUGAACACUCCUGCUUUCAUUAUUUGCUCCAGUUGGACCAUAAUCCAGGGCUUUAGGUAAGAGGGGGGAGAGUGUAUGUGUUCAAUGUAUGCUGUCACACUACACUUCUCACCUUGCUGGGAUCUUUUCCCAGUUUUAAACCUUCCUUGACACACUCGCACAUCCUCACGUCUUUGAUGAUUAGAUGUGUUCGCACACUUUCAAAAUUCACUUCAGUGCGUCCGGCCUGUUUCAUCUGGGCAACACUUCAGGAGGAAAGUAAGGCAGAGGGAGGACAAGACAUCAACACCGAAGACGUCAACGCUCCGUGGUGUUAACGGACCACAAGAAACUAAGCGUGCGGCCAUUUUUAAUGCAAUGGCUCAGAUUCGUCUCUCUCUCUCAUGACAUCCUGUUGACAUUUCGUAGGCCACCACUUCUGGUGCAGCUCUACAGGAUAUGGACCUCAAAUUAAUGCAUUUGCCAUUCUAACACUUAUGCCCCAACUGUUGUUUCAUUGAAAAUGCUUUCAGACUUAACACAAAAAUAAUACUGCUAAAUAAUUAAACAGCACUGUGUUUUAUACUGUAGAAGUAAUGGGUACAAAACUAAGAUAAUGGAAGUAAUGUAUAAAAGAGGCGGAAAACAAAGUAUUUAAAGUCUUAAUAUGAUACUUUAAUUCUAGGAUGUUCCAUGUGGCUAUGUGUGUCUGAAUCUAUUUCUCCAUAGAUAGUGUUGCUCUUACUGAUAUUUUAAGGCUAGAUCAAACCCUGCUAUAUUAUAUAUCCAUGUAAUAUUACUGUGACCCUCUAACCGUAACCUUUCUCUCUGACACUGUAACUCUUGCAUUUUCUUUUCCUUUGACUCUAAAAAGCAUUACCACCUACACACUGUGUGCACAUUUGCAUACAUUUGUUGAUUUGUACAGUUUGUUUACUUCAGUCACACAUUCACAGUAACCUGAAUAGUAGUGACCAAACAAUGACAAUGUUUUACUGCUGAUGAGAAAUUUGGUGUUGAAAAUAAGCAAAAAAAAAAAAAAAGAAAAUAUAAAUAUUUGCUUUACGGUCAAAGUGCACCAAACAUACACUAAAGUCUGUUUACAUGUCUUGACAUUUGAAUGUGGGAAUGAGAUGAUUUCUCUGGUUCUGCUGCACCCAUUUUAAUGUUCCAGAGGCACAAUGGUAAGUCAGUGGAGAACUCAAUUAAUGUUCUCAUACUCAGAGGAGAUUUUAUUUUCAUUCAGUGCAUCACAGAUCACUGUCACAACUUCAUAUAGUCAGGUUCAACCUUGUUUUUCCACAAGACAGUCUCUCAUGGUAACUCCAUUUGUUGAAAUAUGUCUGUAUUACUCUGUACGUAGACUGCUUAAAUACAAUGUACAUCAUAAUCA